CGUGCCGAAUGUCCCGCCGCAGCGCUGCGUUUCGUUUUAAACCAUUCCACAUUGGUGUUGACAACAUGUUUUAAACAGCACCAAUAGAUUGGUUCGGUUGGCGAGUUGAACACAUCACACAGCACCGCAUCGAGCCAUGUCGAGCGACGAGAGCGACUACAGCAGCAGCGACGACGAGACCGAGAAGGCCUUCUUCAAGCCCAAGCCCAAGCAGGUCAAAGAGGCCGUGCUAGCGGCAUCAGACUCGGAGGCCAGCGACUCGGACGACGACGACGAGGAUGCCACCGCCGUUCAGGACACUGAGAGCGCUGCGCAGGACGACCAUGCGAGCGAGCUCAAGCAAGCUGCCAAGGAGAAGACCAAGGCAACGGUGUACGUCGAGGGCAUCUCGUACGACGCCGACGAGAGCGCGCUCGUGUCGCACUUUUCGGCCUGCGGCGCAGUCAAGGAAGUGCGCAUGCCCCGGUAUCAGGACUCGGGCAAGCCGCGUGGGUACGCGCACAUCGUCUUCGACUCGGACAAGGCCGCCAAGAAGGCGCUGGCCAUGGACGGCCAGUACAUGAUGAAGCGCUACUUAAGCGUCCGCCCCGCCGAGACGCCUCGCACGCUCGAAGCGGUCAUGACCAAGUCCAAGUCGACAAAGGCCAUCAAGGGCUGCCGGACGGUCUUUGUCAAGCAGCUGCCGUACGAGAUCACGGACGCCGAAGUCAAGGAGGCCUUCGAGUCCUGCGGCACGAUCAUUAGCGUGCGUCUGCCCGUGUGGAACCACACGAAAAAUUCAAAGGGAUUUGGGUACGUUGAGUUUGAGACCGAAGCCGAAGCCGUCGCCGCCACGAAGAAGAGUGGCAUGAAGGUUGGCAACCGUAUGGUGCUCGUCGAGUUGGACACGGGCGCGCCCAAGGCCAGCUUCCGCACGACGACGGGGCAGUACUGGAACAAGGUGGAGGAAGGCAAGGCGAGCCUUGCCAAGCGCAUGUCGGACAAGGGCAAGAAGCGCAACCAAGCGGAUGCAGCCAAGCCGACCAAGAAGAAGCUGCGGUUGUAGAUAUAGAGCACUGGUAUGCAAGCUACCCAGAUCCAACUUUGAACUCGUGCGUACUCUUCUCUUGCGCAAAGCUACUCGUGCGGGUAGAGAUGGCGCUCGUGCAUAGCGCGCUUCAAGAUGACGCACGGCUCGUCACGAGCGUUUGCAGCCACAAAUUCCUCCGUGUCACGUGGCAGCGCAGGUGCGCGGCGAUCGGUCCCACACUGCAUCGCUCCCAAGUCGCGUCUUGUCUAAUCCCACGCGUCUUUAUAGCC